AAAUUGUUACAAAUUCGAAUAAAGCUCGCAUCGCGAUUUAAAUUAAAUCCUUUAGUUAUCGCGCAAGCACAAUGAACGAGUCCAGUGAGCAACCGAACGUCUUAUCGCUGAAUGAUGUCUGCCUCGAGGGGAUCAUGAAGAAUCUGGGAAUAAAGAAUCAACUGAAGUUGGCGCGCACCUGUAGGCGUUUUCGUAUUGUCUUUCAAAACUAUGUGGGUCCCUUCUGUGAGCUCAUGAACAUGGAAUUCACGACUGCUUUAACCGAGAUGGAGCUGAAGAGCCUUCUGGAACUGGUCGGUGAUUAUGUGCAGAGCUUAGCGAUUCCAAUUACACCCCUAUACAAGGUAGAGGGGUAUAUGCGGCUGUUGAGCAAGAAUUGUCCAAAUUUGCGGCGACUGCAGCUGCUGCUGAAAAUGUCCCUCUUGGAGGAUAGUGUGGAUCCUUCGAAGAGGGAUACGUUGAGCAAUCGUGAGCGCUUUGUCGCUUAUGAUGACUUGGAGGAGUUGACCUCAAUGCUCCGGGACUUGCCCCGCCUGAGCGCUAGGUUAGCCGACUUUAAGACUUUGUUAUCCCUGGAGCUCUACACCUAUGUCGGUAUCAGCAAGUCCUUUGUGCUGAACUGCUGCCAAGCUAUGCGCAAUUUGCGUUAUCUGAACCUACAGCGCCAUCCCGAUGAUCUCAACCAGAAGGAUUUCAGAAGCAUUAUGCGCAUUUGUCCAUUACUGGAGCGUUUCGGCUUUGCCGUUCGCUCAGAGUUCCAGGAAUGCGAAUGCAUAUGUGAGCUGUCAGAGCUCCAGCAUGUCCUCAUCUGGCAUCACAAGCCGUUGCGUGCCGAACUUCUAGAUGCACUCAAGAAGAAGUCAACUAAACCCAUUCAAAGCCUCAUCCUAAUAGGCCCCUUGAUUCCGGAGGAGCAAAUACAAGAUAUCUGUGCCAUAAGCACCCUGCGUGAAUUGCAGCUAUUCUGCCAGGCAUCGGACAUAGAUACGUUGCUAAAACUGAAGGAGCUUCAGAUUCUGCAUAUAACCAUUCGAGCUAAAAAGGAGCAGUUGAAGCCGCUUGUGUUCGGUUUCCCAAAGCUUUUUCUCCUCAAUAUAUGGCUCAGUGAAUGGACCAUGGAGCAUUAUGUCCGAGAUUUGUAUGUCAUAGACGCUAGACCUCUCAAAGAGCAUCAUUCAUUGCACCUCUUUAUAGAGGGCUAUAAGCCGGACUGGAAGAUAUUGGAGCGGCCAGACGAUGCCGCAAACAAGAAAGUAAUUAAAAUUCUGUCAAAGCCAAACAACUGGGCCGUGCUACUCAACACUGAAAUAAUUAUUAAAGACAACUAAAUGCAAUUGCGAACACUUACACAUAAUACUUAAAAGCAAAAUUUGACCUAAUUAUGCAGUUUCUUAUUCGACAAUAGAAUUCCGCUCAUUUAUUUGUAAACAAUUUCAAAUUUUAGAAACUAAUAAAAGAAACACAGUCACACAAUGUGAAUUCAAACAUUAA